GUUUUUGGAUUGCGAGAAUGUCUCAUUCCCCUCACAAACAACCACAGAACCACAAGUGCGGUGCGCGAGAUUUCCCCAGGACGACAGGAGGGAGCCAGUGGGGCGUAAAUGGUUAAUCAGAGUGGGUCAACCCAAGUCACAGAGACCCAACGAGUCUUUUAGGACUUCAAGGGUCACCACGACCUCCAAAGGAGAAAUCUGAGGAUAUUCACGUGUGGCUAUGGCGUCUAACAGUCUUUUCAGCUCGGUGAACCCAUGCCAGCAGAACUUUUUCUGGGAUCCCAGCACCAGCCGCAGGUUCAGUCCGCCGUCCAGCAGCCUUCAGCCGGUGGCGGGGAAGAUGAGCGAUGCGCAGCAGGAGCAGAACGCAGCGGUGCCGAGACUCAGACAACACGACAACCGAACCAUGGUGGAGAUCAUCGCGGACCACCCUGCCGAACUCGUCCGGACCGACAGCCCCAACUUUCUGUGCUCAGUGCUGCCGUCUCACUGGAGGUGUAACAAAACUCUCCCGGUUGCGUUUAAGGUUGUUGCUCUGGGAGAUGUUACUGAUGGCACCGUAGUGACCGUGAUGGCCGGAAACGAUGAGAAUUACUCUGCAGAGCUUCGAAACGCCUCUGCUGUCAUGAAGAAUCAGGUGGCACGUUUCAACGACCUGAGAUUUGUUGGCAGGAGUGGAAGAGGAAAGAGCUUCACACUGACAAUCACAGUAUUCACAAACCCACCCCAAGUGGCAACUUACCACCGAGCCAUAAAGGUCACAGUGGACGGGCCGCGCGAGCCACGAAGACACAGACAGAAACUGGAGGACUCUCCUAAACCACCCCUGUUCUCCGAGCGUCUGAGCGAGUUAGAGCGCUUACGCCAGACCACCAUGAGAGUUGCCGUGCAAAACCAGAGUCCCCGGCCGUCUCUCAACGCCACGCCAAACUCCUUCAAUCCACAGGGGCAAACUCAGAUCUCAGAUCCACGUCAGGCACAAUCUUCACCACCCUGGUCCUACGAACAGCCAUACACUCCAUACCUGAGUCAGAUGACAUCACCAUCCAUCCACUCCACAACACCGCUGUCAUCCACCCGCGCCACCGGUCUGCCCAGCAUCAGUGAUGUGCCAAGACGUCUCUCAGGUACAUCAGACUUAAGCCCAUUCUCGGCCGACCCGCGUCAGUUUGAGCGUCAGUUUCCCGCUCUGUCUUCCCUGACGGAGAGUCGAUUCUCCAGUCCCAGAAUGCACUACCCCGCCACGUUUACCUACACGCCUACACCCGUCACCUCUGGCAUGUCUUUGGGAAUGUCCACGACAACCCACUACCACACUUACCUGCCUCCGCCUUACCCCGGCUCCACCCAAAACCAAAGCGGGCCCUUCCAGACCAGCAGCACACCCUAUCUAUACUAUGGCGCCUCGUCUGGGUCUUACCAAUUCUCCAUGGUACCUGGAGGAGACAGAUCCCCGUCCAGGAUGCUGCCACCUUGCACCAGCGCGUCUACCGGAAGCACCCUCAUCAAUCCCAAUCUUCCCAAUCAAACGGACGGCGGCGAGGCGGACGGUAGCCACAGCAGCUCACCGACGGUCCUCAACUCCAGCGGGCGGAUGGACGAAUCCGUUUGGCGGCCAUAUUGAGAAGGUGGACUUCAAAUGACACAACACUGUUAGCCUUAAGGACAUAGUGCAAGUGAGGGAAAAUGGUUGAAUGCUUGCGGUGUAUUUUUAUGACUACGCUGAUGUCGUUUGGCCUUCAUGUACGACAUUCCACUUUAGUAAGCAGUGAUGAUAGACAUGACAGGGACAGUUUACCCAAAAAUGAACGUUUAUGUCAACCUGUCACCUUAAACUGAAUGUUAAUGAUGACAGGAUUUUGCGGUGAACUUUUCCUUUAACUGGCCUAGAGUAGAUUCAUUCAAAUAGGAAUAGGUCCACAUUAUUGUCUCGAAAUAUUUUUUUAUACUAACUUGGUAUAAUUUAGCAUUUCUUAACACUGAAAGUGAUUUCUCUUUAUUUAUGCAUCUUAGAAAGUCGGCUGAUUCCCUCGUUUUAAUUUAUGUAUAAUAUGGUAGCAGAUGGUACUGAUUUGAGAAGCAAUAUAAGCCAUAUCAAAUUUAAAUUAUGCAAUGUGUUUAGAGGGACAAAAUCUAAGAUGUUUGAAUAUUAUUAUAAUUUUUUUUACAUCUAUUAUUAACUUAAUGCAAUAUUUACUCUUUUUAUAAUUUAAAUCUUUUGUCGUUAUUUUUGUUAUUGUGAAGCGACCCAAAAAAUCUCCAAUGGUACGUGCGCUAUGAAGGAAGGAUACGAUGUUGUAUAACUUUAUUCACAAACAAAUGUUUGCGGAUUCCUCUUUAUUUCUAGUAGUGUGUUUGCAAAACAUUUCAUAUUCAAAAUAUGAAGUAACAGGCAUUAAGAAUUUCCAUAAUAUUUCCAAGAUAAAUCCAUGAAAAAAUAAAGUCAUAAAUGUACAAAUGUUAAGUAAGGGUGAGCUCUCUUCACUUGUUUGAUUUUAGCAUCCAAUGUUUAUCACCUUAAUUUAUUCUAAAUGUAUUUUUAUUUAAUGUUUUUUGGUGACUAUAAGAAUGACUCAGUUGCCGAAUUCUUCGCUUCUACAGAUGCAAACAUGAUCAAAUCUCACUUGAUUUUCUCAUGCAUGCAUUGCCUCGAUAGUCCACAUCUAAAUACGUAACCAAUACAGUUACCCUCUGAUCUAAAACUGGAUGGUUAACCAUGUGUUGUGGGUUAGUUACACACUAUGCAAACUGAACUAAACAAUCAAACAAGCAUCUCAGAAACGUCUCUGCUGUGUGCUGGGUACAUUAUAAUAUAUGUGCUUUACUCUUACUGUCGUACAAUAUCAAAAUAAUGGCAAAAUAAUCCAUCCACAAUUUGCAAGCAAACGUUAACAGACAAUCAAACAAAGUAGCCUAAAUUACACGAUGGAUGUUUACAAAGCAUCUCAUUUUUUAAUGAUAUAAUUUAUUUAUUGCAAUAAUGAAUAAGUGGGAAUCAAACUGUUACUAACAAGUGAAUUAUGUUUACAUGAUAUAUUUGUAGCUGGCGUCUUUGAAGAUAAUUAUAUGCUUCUGGAUUCAACAAGCGGUACUUGAUAAAAUGUUUGUUCAUCGGCUGCUGGCGGCUCCAAUUUUCUUUAUUUCGUUCGAUAUGUAGAUCAAAGCACUUGUUUUUGUUAAGGGGCGGGACAUAAAUGAAGCUUAAAUGCCAUGAUUAUUGAGAAAAGGUGAAUCCCAUGAAGAAAUGUAAAAUUUUACUCAACACUAUUACAUAAAGAAAUCAAAUCCCUCAGUUCUCAUAAUGAAAAUCAUCCUGUAUGCGCAUUAGAAGUUUGAUAUUGGGGUAAAACUUCACCAUGACAAUCUUGUGAGAUUCACCCAAAACUCAGCACUAUAUAUUUGGGGUCAUGUAUAGACAGCACUACAGAUCAAACAUCAUUUUUACAUUGUAUUUCUUAGAGAUGAAUACAACAACACAAACCUGCAUGUGUGUCAUUAUUAUCCACGAUCAUUUGUCAUGUACAGUAUUACACUUCAUUUCUUUUCAUUCAGUAACAACAUUUACACUGCUGUCCUUACCCCACUGUUUAAUUUUUGCCUUGUUUUUUUAUUUUACCGCUGUGUCUUCUGGUAGUAAGGAGAGUUAUUAUGUUUACAGAAUGUUUACAAAAACUGCAAGCAGGCAACUGCAAAUGUACAGAAACUCUGCACUGUUAACUUUCUAUACACUGUAAAAAAAUAUUCCUGCAUUAAAUUUUUUUCUUGUCAUGUCAACUUACUAAAAAAGUCAACUUCAUUUUAUAAGUUAUAACAACUCAUCUCUAGUCAAGAUAAAUAAUAGUAAGUUGACAUGACUUGUAAAUCUACGGAGCCCCUUAGGGGACAUGGAGCAAAAAUGAAAUAAAGUUUAGUUUCGAGUGCGCACGUGAAACUAUUGCGUGCGCACCUAUUGCGUGCGCACGUGAAACUAUCGCGGUUAGUUUUGCGUGGGCAUGUGAAACUUUCACGCGUGUACGUGAAUCUAUUGCGUGCGCACGUGAAACAAUUGCGUGUGCAUGUGAAACUAUCGCGUUUAGUUUUGCGUGCACAUGUGAAACUUUCACGCGUGCACGUAAAAGUAUCGCGUGCGCACGUGAAACUAUCGCGUGCACACGUGAAACUAUCGCGGUUUGUUUUGCGUGCGCACAUGAAACUAUCGCGGUUUGUUUUGCGUGCGCACGUGAAACUUUCGCGGUUAGUUUUGCGUGCGCAUGUGAAACUUUCACGUGUGCACGUAAAACUAUCGCGUGCGCACGUGAAACUAUCGCGUGCGCACGUGAAACUAUCGCGGUUUGUUUUGCGUGCGCAUGUGAAACUUUCACGCGUGCAGGUAAAACUAUCUUGUGCGCAUGUGAAACUAUCGCGUGCGCACGUGAAACUAUUGCGUGCGCACGUGAAACUUUCGCGCGUGCACGUGAAACUAUCGCGUGCGCACGUGAAAGCGAAACUAAACUUUUUUUUCAUUCUGUACAUGAAGGUUUCGUGUGAGCUCGUGAAACUAUCGCGUGCGCACGUGAAACUAUCACGGUUUGUUUUGCGUGCGCAUGUGGAACUUUCACGCGUGCAGGUAAAACUAUCUUGUGCGCACGUGAAACUAUCGCAUGCGCACGUGAAACUAUCGCGGUUUGUUUUGCGUGCACACGUGAAACUUUCGCGCGUGCACGUGAAACUAUCGCGUGCGCACGUGAAAGCGAAACUAAACUUUUUUUUUAUUCUGUACAUGAAGGUUUCGUGUGAGCUCGUGAAACUAUCGCGUGCGCACGUGAAACUAUCGCGGUUUGUUUUGCGUGCGCAUGUGAAACUUUCACGCGUGCAGGUAAAACUAUCGCGUGCGCACGUGAAACUAUCGCGGUUUGUUUUGCGUGCGCACGUGAAACUUUCGCGCGUGCACGUGAAACUAUCGCGUGCGCACGUGAAAGCGAAACUAAACUUUUUUUUUCAUUCUGUACAUGAAGGUUUCGUGUGAGCUCAUGAAAGUUUUAUGUGAGCACGCUAAAGUUUCACGUGAGCACAUGAAACUAAACUUUACAUUUUUUUAACUCCAGUGUCACCUUAGGGGCUCGGUAUAAAUCUGAGUUGAUUUAACAAAAAAGAAAAAAAUUUAAGGCAGCAAAUAUUUUUUUUACAGUGUGACUUUUCAUGUUUUAUUACUUCAAUAUGCCUGAUAUAGCUGAAAGAGAAGAACAUUGGUCUGUCUUAAUACAUGUACGGCUGUGUCUUAAUGUCUUUAUAUGCUUUUGGGUUGUGUUGACUGUUUAUGUCAUGUCUUUGUCAUGUAAUAUCUUCACAUAACUUUGCUAUACUGUAGGGGUCUCACAGGUCUCGGGUCAGGAGAGAUUACUUCUAGAAGACUAUUUAAAAACUGGCAAAAACAUGCAUUUGUGCAGAUUUGAUUAAAAAGUUUGCUUGUAUAGUCCGUAUGCAAGAUCGCCUUAACCCAUUAUACUAAAUGUCUUUUACGCUCCAUUACUGUUGUUUCAUAUUUGAACCCCUAGAAAUAACCUGGAUGCUAUCAUUUGUUUCAUCAGAAUGCUUUGUUUGUAAACAGUAAGACAAUUUAUUGAUAUCAUCUCAUCUCAUGUCAUUACCCAAAUACUGGACCGAUGUGUCCGUGUCAAACCUUCACCUGUUUCUGUGGGACUAACAAUCCAGUAAAAAUUGUGAGAUUUUUGAACGUUUCUGAUUGUAUAGUUUGUCUUUGAGAAUAAAAACAGCUUUUUGGUAUAAUU